UCCUUUUGAGACUAGUUUUGGCGGUCCAUGAGCUUCCUGGCUCGUUUGGACCAAUCUACGAGCAUGAACUUGUAACAUCAAUCAAUCAUACAUAUCCUAGAACCCUGGUCGAGUUCAAGAAACUCAUUUACCUUGCCCGAGUCCGCGAAUGCUGGCGCGAGGAGCCUCUGUUUGCGCAGCGAGGCCUCUUGCGCUGAGGAGCCGCUGCACAGCGGCACCGGCACCAAGAGCGGCCACAGCAAUGGCGGCCGUGACUGCUGCCCAAAAGCGCCCCGUGCUGCUACUUGACAUCAUGGAUACGGUGGUCUAUGAUCCGUUCUUCAAAGAGAUGCCGGUGUUUUUCAAUAUGUCCUUCAAGGAGCUGCUGGCUGCCAAGCACCCCACCGCCUGGGUGGAGUUCGAGUGCGGCGAGAUCACAGAGGAGCAGCUGCUGGCCAAGUUCUUUGCGGACGGGCGCCACGUGGACGGCGCGGCGCUCAAGCAGAUGAUGGUGUCCAGCUACCGCUACCUGGACGGCAUGCCCGAGCUGCUGCGGCGGCUGGGCGCGGCGGGCUACCCGCUGCACGCCUGCUCCAACUACCCGGCCUGGUGGCGGCUGAUUGAGGACAAGCUGGCGCCCAGCCAGUACCUGGCCUGGAGCUUUGUAAGCUGCGAGGGGCCCAUGAAGGGCUUCCGCAAGCCCUCCCGCGAGGCCUUCGAGGCCUGCCUGCGCGCCCUGGACGUGCCGGCGGCCGAGGUGGUGUUUGUGGACGACCGCGCCGUCAACGUGGAGGCGGCGGCGGCGGCCGGGCUGGACGGCAUCCUGUUUGAGGGCGCGGAGGCACUGGAGGCGGCACUGCGGGCGCGGGGGCUGCAGUUCUGAGGGGGCGCUUGGAGCUUGGAGGUUGGGAGAGGGCGGCAGGGCGCGGGUGCGGGUGCGAAGGACGAGCAUGAGGGGAGCGUGGGUGGAGUGGGGGGCGCUUCCACCCCACGCCCACACCUCACACCCCCACACUAGUAUUAUCACUUAUAUGUACGAUAAUGAGAGGAGCGUGUGCGACGAAGCAUUUGAGAGAGUGCGCGUGGACAAACAGCGAGACCUGAAGAAGGCGAGAGGGCGGGGAGCUGCGUGUAAUCAUACGGCUGGAAGACGUGAGGCGUGCGCGUGGUCGUGUCAGCGCUUUUGCCAUCGUGCAUUGCGCUUUGUAACAUUAUGCACUU